AUGGAGAACGCAUCUACUCAGGGCAAGAUGAGGUUGGAUCGGAUGCCACCGGAGAUCAUCCUGAUGAUUUUCAAAAUCAUACAUCCCCGAGACAUUCUGGCCUUGAACCUCACCAGCACUACUUUCCGCAAUUCUUUUCUCGCGCAUGAAGGCAUCAUCAUCGGCGAAUUGGUUGCUUCAAUUCGACGUAUGCUUCCCGAUGACCUGCUUCACCUUGCCAUGGUCGCCGUCUACCUCCGCUUCACGAACGCCAAAGUCGACUAUACCGCAAACGACAUCAACCCAGCGGAGCAUUCCGAGCGCCUGAUUGAUUACGUCGAACGCUCUUUCGAUGACCCAGUAACGAGAUGGCCGCAACAGCAGCUUCACCCGGUGGACGUGAUAGCAAUCGAAGCGCUGGUCAGCGAAGCCGACUUGAUAGGCGUUGCAAGAGAAGACCGUCUAAUGGAAGGCAAUGAUGUUGACUUUGUUUUUCCGUGGAAGCUUAGAAACCCAACCGCACUUAUUGUGGCACGCGACAAGCUUCCGAUCUUGAUCUUCGAGAUCUGUUGCCAAUGCGUUCUUCGUCAUGGUGAGGUUCUUGACACGGCCGAGGAGACGCGGUUGCUCGAUAAAGUUGCGCGAGUUGUCCGCGACGGUGUCACAAAGCUCUGGGGCAGCGAUGGACGUAUCGAGGCCGUGUGGGCGCAAGAUAGUGGCCUGAUCAUGAGACCGGGAGCUUAUCUCCGGUCUCUUGGGAGGCCCUCGCACCUCGGCUCAGACACGCUGUGCGUAAGGUGGUCGAAGUUCAAGGAAUUUGUAAUCGACCGUAUGCGCUGUGGCCAGAACGUGUCCAACUUUUGA